AUGCGUAUUUCUGGGUCAACAUUAAUACCAUUGGAUCCAGAAAUUGAAAGAACCGCAUAUGCUCUCAGAAAAGCAGCUCUGGAUGACAGAAUAUCAAUAGAAGAGCAACUAUCAAGUUCUUUUGACUCUAAAGAGGAAGUCACCAUAGCAGUUGCACCGCCCCUAACUAUGGGGGAUUAUUGUAAAAGAACCGAUGAAGACAGGUUUAAGAGAAAAUCAUUCGACGGGAAGACAAUUAGAGACUCGUGGGCGCAUCUUGCACCCUUCUAUGAAACAACUUCAAUGUGCAAACUGACUUAUGUCAUUGAAGACCAUGUUACAUUGAUGUUGUUUGGGUUCUCACUGAUUGGAAGAGCGAAAGUUUGGUUACUGUGCCUUCCUAAUCAAACAAAUCAGACUUGGAAGGAAUUGGAGGAUAAAUUCCUAGAAAAAUUCUUCACUACUACUCAGUUUACCGAUCGCCGAGCAGAAAUUAUGAAUUUUGAGCAGCAGGAAGUUGAGUCACUUUAUGACUCUUGGGAAAGAUUUAAACUUUUGUUACGCAGAUCACCAAAUCACAACAUGAAUUAUAUGGAGCAGAUGCAAAAUUUCAUUAAAUAUCUCAAGAAUCAAACUCACCUGUUAUUAGAUGAUUCUGCAGGAGGUACCAUCCGCCAAAUGACUGAACCACACGUGAAAGACCUAAUUGAAAAGAUGUGUAUGAAUGAGUACCAUUCAAAAAGCAAAAGUUCGGUCAAGAUUGAAACUGUGGGAAUGCCUAAAGGUAUGUUAGUUGUUGAUACACAUACUGCUCUUUUAGCUCAGAUUGAAUUGUUAAAUAAAAAGCUAGCUGAAAGCAGCUUAGGUAAAGCUAACGUGAGCCAGGUACAAACACUUAGGUGUGAAUUUUAUGGAGAAGAACAUGUGAAUAGAAUGUGCUCAUUGGAAUGGUCAAGUGAAGAAGUCCAAUUUGCUAAUUUUCAGAAGAAUAGCCCGUAUUCCUACACAUACAAUCUGGGUUGGAAAGUUUACCUAAAUUUUCGUUGGAGCAAUAAUCAAAAUGCAAGUGUUAACCAAGGUAUACAACAAAGCCAACAAGCUUCAUUUCAAAGGAAACCGUCACAGUUGGAAGAGACCUUACAAAAUUUCAUUAAAAUCACUCAAAGUAGCUUUGAUCAAGUAAAUAAGAACCAUGAAAUUAUGAGUAGAAACCAUGAUGAGUCAAUCAAGAAUUUGGAAACACAUAUUGCUCAGUUAUCCAGACAAAUAGUUGUUUUGCCAAGCUCAAGUGAGGGAUUUAUAGGUAACACUAUGGACAAUCCUAAGAAUGAAACAUGCAAGGAUGUGGAAACAGAUUUUGGUGUAAUUACUGAAAAGGGUAAACCUGAAAUAGAUAUAAAACCACCAUAUCCGAUAAUAAAAAAGAAACUGGUUCAAGAUAAUGAGGUAGAGAUGUUUGAGAAGUCCCAGGAAAUACUAGCUACUCUCCAGGUAGGUAUUUCGUUCCAUGAAAUUUUAGAACUAAUGCCUAAGUUUGAUAAAUUUAUGAAAGAAUUACUAAAGGGGACGAAAGAGAAAGUGGUGAAGGAACAUGUAAACAUGACCGAAAAGGAUGAUAUGGUUGUACCUCAAUCCUUGCCAUCAAAGUUAAAACACCCAGGUAAGCUUUCUAUUUCUUGUAAUAUCGGUGGAAUGAAGAUUCCACAUGCUAUAUGUGAUCUUGGAUCUAGCAUAAAUAUCAUGUCACUGAAAACGGUAAAAGAAUUGAAAGUGGACAUAAUGGAUGAUAAACAUGAUAGAUUGAGGCAUGGCAGAGCCUCUCAGCAUGCAUCUGUUCGGAGGGAAAAAAGUCAGCAGGUUCCGGAUGCUCCUGGUCCAUCUGGUCAGACAAAGCUGCGUCAGGUUUCACCAGUGCCACCUCCUACUGUAGAUGUUGCUGAUCCACUUCCACCUCAUACUGCUGCACAUGAUGAUCCAGUGCCACCUCCGGAGGGUGAGGCUAUUGCGGAUGCCGAGCCAGAGGCUUUUGGAGGUGGUCCAGUUGAUUUUUCCUUACUGUCUUUGUAUCCAGACCAUAUUGCCAGACAUAUCUGGGACAUAGAGAAGUUUCUUAACCACGGGAGAAAGAUUGUUGCCUCAGCUGAAUGA